UUACUUUUGUAGACAAAUUUUAGCAGCAAAAAUGUCAAAAACGUUUGCUAUCCUAUUGUGCUGUGUUAUGGUAACGAUUGAGGGGAAGUACCUAACUUCAAUGAACAAUGUUUAUAAAGAUAAGCAGAUGGAAUUUGGCGUUAGAGAAAAAACGGAAUGCCCAGCAAUUGUGACGAAAGUUUUAUCUGAUCUUCUGGUAUCUGAGUACAACAGGUUGCUCCCGACCAAUCCGAUCUUCUAUACCAAGUCACGUGUCAUUGACGCUGUGUGCCAGAAAAAUGACCUCAGCGAAUGUUCGGUAACGUUAGAGUUGUCAUGCAGAAGAUCAAAUGGUAGAACAUGCAGUGCUGGCGAUUAUUCACCGAUGACGCAAAUUUGUAACGGUGUUAUCGACCUCACAAGUGGUUCUAUUACGUCACAACUAGAGUGCAGAUCAGCAGAUGAUAAUUAUUUAUCCUCGGAUGUAGAAGAUGCAGUGAGAGCCCUUGCACCUCCGAGAGGCGGGAGUUACGGACUCGGAGAAGUGAGGAUCAUGGACCACGCAGGAAGAGAAUAUAUGAAGAAGAAAUGGGAAGAUGAUGAAGGAAACUUUCAUCCAUUUUAAGAUUUGUUUCGGAUUUGUGUGUUUUUCGUCAAGUAGAACAAAGUAUUAUUAUGUGUUUUAAUAUGGUGUGUAAAUACAACAAGUUAUAAUAUA